CUGUAGAGGAUCCAUGGAAUGCUAGGAAGCGUGUAAUUCUUUUUUCGUUAUGCAACGACGCUAAAGUGUGUGCGCAUGCGCAAUGUCCCGUUUUCGAGACUGCGACCUAUUCGCGGGAGUGUAGCCUAGUAGUCCAUUACCGAGGGGUCUCAGAAGAAGCUGAAAAAAGGCAUUUUACCCCUCAAUAUCCUUGUAUAUUUGGUGUAGUGAUAAGAUUAUAGCUGUGUGAGGGACAGUUUACUAGGAGAUCUGUGUGAAUUGGACUUGGUCCAUACAGGAGAGAACUCGGUAGGUAACUGCUGAAACAAGGAAAAAUGACACAAGAUUUAAGAGAUGCUAUCCUGAUUGGCAUUGGAAUUGCACUUUUUGGAGUAUUGAUUUCCGCUUGUGAAGUCCUCAUAGUGUGUGUCUUGUGUAACAGAUCUUCACCAUGUGCUAAGAGGCUAUCACACUCAAAGACCAGAGUCACUACAGAGAAUAACCCGGCCUAUGGUGUACUAGUGGGCGUAGUUCAUGAUACGCCAUCAUCUGUCAUUAUAUUAGAGGAGGCUCUGUAUGCCGAAGUUCCUAACUGAAACUCCUUGGGAGAGCGAGGUAGACAAGUCACGGACAAUAACUACACCAUGAUGUUCACAAAGUGUGUUUCUGUCUGUCACCUAAACUUUCUAUGCGCCACAGAAAAUUUGAGCAUUAACCACAAAAUAGGUGUAUAUUUGCAAUCAGUGUUCUGUAGUACAGUUUAAUCUUUUCAAGGUGACGUUUGGGUAUCUUGUCUUGAUGGAAAGUCAUGUGCAAAAGGGGAUGAAUGAAGAAUAUGGCGUCGUCUCUCAAGCCUACAAACCAAAAGGGAAUGCUACAUUCCUUAUAAUAAUGAUGUUGCUAUUAUCACAUUCAAGGAAGCGUAUAAUGUCAUCACUAUCUUGAGGAAACAGAACAUGGCAAUACCAUGUUAAGUAACCCUCCACCCCCCACCCUCCAUCCAGAUAGCUACAACACAUGAGGCAAACAGCACACUUGCACAUAAAAAGAACAGUGGUAUAAUCUGCCAACAUGUCCACUUAGCCAAUCACUGUGUCCAGAGCACAGUCUGGAUGGUUCUUCAAGGCCGAUCGAUAAAACGGAAAGAGUAGGUGAAUAUUCAACAGACGUCUACAAUAUCACUAACCUUGUAGUACAUAUGUAUUAUCCACUACACUGGCCAGGAUGAAGAGGGUGAGGUGAUGUGUGUAUCUCUCCCUCCUCCUCCUCCUUCCAACAUCUCCUGGGACCAGUACAUCAACUCUCCCGAUGAAGAGCCCCCUCAAUUAGGGAGGAAACAAGAUCUAAAAGUGGAGCAGAAACACUACAAGGCCUCAGUCUGUGUGACAGAGGCCUGCCCUAUAGAAAUGAGAAAACUCUUGGACAUUCUGGAGGUUAUUGCUCCAUACAAACACUUUCACAAACUGAGGCAGUUCUGUCACAUGAAACUGCCUCCUGGAUUCCCCGUCAAACUUGAUAUCCCAGUGUUCCCCACAGUGACAGCAGUCAUCACUCUGGAGAAGUAUGAGGAGGUACAGACCGAGACCAGCAAGUUCCUCGUUCCCAGAGACUACCACAAGGUAGUUCCAAAGAGGACGGACCAACAUCACAAGACAUCAGACACUACUGAGAGGACUCACUCAUCCUCACAGUCUAAUAGCCACUAACAUCAUCAUUAUUACAUGCCAUACAGUAUCAUACAUGAUUGUUGAAUGUGUUUGUACUACUGAUGAUGAU